AACUGAAAGCUGGUUGGAAUUGAUUGUGGUUCUUUUCCACAGUAUACAUGAAGUUGUAAGCCAGAGGGGCUGCAUCAGGUGGCAAAGGAAAUUCGAGCAUAAGAAAAAGUGACUUCAAACAAAAGGCUCGGGUGACGGCGUGGAAUUGGUCACGUGACGAAAGGAGGCGACCUGCCUUUGACAUCAGACAGGGAAGUGGGUAAGAUCAUAGAGCAGAAGACGCUGUAGAGAGCGGUGGCAGCCGAAGCUUGGAGACGACCAACAUGAACCUGAAGGGGAACCGCGGUCGCUUGUACAGCACUCGCUGCUGUGGCUGCUGCCAUGUGAGGACUGGCACCAUUAUCCUGGGCACCAAGUAUAUGGUUAUGAACCUGCUGAUGGGAAUCCUCCUCACAGUCAAAGUGACCCACCCCGAUACUGUGCCAACAGUCGAUAUUCAGUAUGAAGUCAUUGGCAACUACUAUACUUCAGAGACAGUGGCUGAGAAUGCCUGUGUCCUCUUCGCCAUCACUCUCCUCCUCUUCACCAUGAGCGCAAUGAUGGUCUAUGGAGCGAUCACUCAUCGGGGAGGCUGGCUGAUACCUUUCUUCUGCUACCAGCUCUUUGACUUUGCUCUCACCUGCCUGUUUGCCAUUGGCUCCCUGACAUAUCUCCCUGGCAUAAAGGAAUAUUUGGAACAGUGGCCUGAAUUUCCCUAUAAAGAUGACCUGCUUUCCCUGGAUUCCAGCUGCCUUCUCUUCAUUGUUGUGAUUGUGGGAGCUCUUAUCAUCCUGUUGAAGGCCUAUUUUAUUAAUUGCGUGUGGAACUGCUACAAAUACAUCAGCAACAGAAACAUGCCAGAGAUCGCAGUGUUCCCCGCCUUUGAAACCCCACCGCAGUACCUCCUUCCUACAUACGACAUGGCCAUUAAGAUGCCCGAGAAGGAGAAGGAUCCCCCUCCGCCUUAUAUCCCCAAUUAAUGUCCCGAAAUUCUUCCGUCGGAACCACCUGGCUCCAAAAGACUCUGCGCACGGAACCAUCGGGAAUCCAUUGUUUUUGCUGGUGCCGCAAAGAUAAAUACAGAAGAAAAAGUGUAUUUUUGUGCUUUAUAUUUGUAUGGCCUUAACAAGUAAAUCUACUUUGUAUUUCA